ACGCCUUUCAUUCGUCGUCAGCAGUACCAGAGAAAAAAACGCAGUUUCCACAUGCUGACAAAUCGGACACCAAGACCAAAAUUUCCGUUUACGCAAAGUUAGCGUAAAGUUUGUCCAAGUCACCUUGGACAAAUAUCAUCGCAGUUACUACAAUCUGUUUGUCAGGAGUCGGAUCCUUCUGACCUGAACUGAGGGUACGCAAAGGGCAUCUAGCGAACAACGUAGACAUUGUGAUAUGGCGACCAGCAGUUCCUGUGUUGUGAUUGAUGACACGGAGCAAGGCUAUGACCUCGACCUGUUUUGUAUUCCCAAGCAUUACGCUGAUGACCUAGAGCGGGUUUACAUUCCACAUGGACUCAUCCAGGACAGGACUGAGAGGCUAGCACGGGAGAUCAUGAAGGAAAUGGGGGGGCACCACAUCGUGGCACUGUGCGUGCUCAAGGGGGGCUACAAGUUCUUCGCUGACCUGCUGGACUUCAUCAAAGCCCUGAACCGCAACAGCGACCGCUCCAUCCCCCUGACCGUAGACUUCAUCCGGCUCAAGAGCUACUAUAAUGAUCAAUCCACUGGUGAAAUCAAAGUCAUUGGAGGAGAUGAUCUGUCCACUCUCACAGGAAAGAAUGUCUUGAUUGUUGAGGACAUUAUCGACACAGGAAAGACCAUGAAGACAUUGUUGCAGCUCCUAAAACAGUACAAUCCCAAAAUGGUUAAGGUGGCCAGUUUGCUUGUGAAGAGGACACCAAGGAGUGUUGGUUACAGGCCAGAUUUUGUAGGAUUUGAAAUCCCUGACAAAUUUGUUGUGGGAUAUGCGCUGGACUACAACGAAUACUUCAGAGAUCUAAAUCAUAUCUGCGUCAUCAGCGAAACAGGAAAAGACAAAUACAAGGCAUGAAGAAAGCAACUUCCCCUUUAUUCCUUUGUUUUUAAAAUGGAUUCCUUGUGUAAUCAUUUUUGUUUUUUUUACUUUAAAUGUUAAAUUUUCAGGUAAAUCAAUCUGGCAGAUUUCCAGAUGCAUUUCUGUGAAUACCUGCUGAGCUAAUGUGCUGUCUUUAAGCAGCCCACAGUAGUAGUGUACAUCACAGGCCUUAGAAUGCUGUGCGAAAUUAAUUAUGUGCUAAGCGGUUUUGAACCAGUCCUGGCUUAGGACUGGUUUACAGUCAGGAAAUGUGCAAUGCAGGAUAAUACAAAGACAAAUGUUAUAUAUCUCUGGUGAGGUACCACAGGUGGCCCAAUUGUGAAGCUGCUUGUUACCAAACACCAUAAACCAGUUGGGCAUGUAGCCCAGAUAUCAGUUUCACUUUCGCUGCAUGUGUAAUGUAGUGUUAAAUCAUAGCCUUCCAUUUACUUCUUCAUAUAUUAGAUCAAAGCUUCUUUACAUAUUAGAUUCACCAGACAGAAAAGACCAAAAUAGUUUGAUAAUGUGGAGGUGAAUAGAACAUGAAAUGCAACCGAAGUCUGUUGGGUGAAGUAGAAUAUCUACUGGAAGCAGCACAGUAAAUACAGGGAUUAAACCCUUUAAACCAAUGUAAAAGCAUUGGAAGUCAUGGGAUCAUGUGUCAUACUGGAAAACAAAAAUAUUUAAAUAGCAAAAACCAUCACUUUAAUUAUAAAAUGCAGGUAGUUUGAAAAACGUUGCCUUGAAUACUUCAGAGUUGGAAAAAUGUAUACUUGUGUUUAAUCUGUUGUAGAAAUGUUUUUAUAACUGAACCAAAGGCCAAGCAUCACUGAAUUUUGGAACUGUUGUGGCAUUUCACGCCUCUGCACCCUUUGAAACGCGCUCUAUCCCACAUGAGGUAUAUCUACUCUUCUGUCCCUGAGCACUGAUCUGCAGUGCUGGGCCAUGCAUAGGGAAAUACCCUGCUGCUCCAUUCUUACUACUUGGUUAGUGCUGGUGUGCAGCGGUUUGAUUGUGCAGGUAAAUGGGAUACAGCAUUUCUCAAUGUCACAAGGGUUCUGUGUUUAAGGGAACUUUUUGCAUCUAGGCUAGCUACAAACAUUACAAUUUCCAGCUGACCUGUUCACUGUACCUUAGCAUUAUUGCUAAGAUGUCACAAAUGAUACUUCAUUCAUUCCUUAAUUUCUAUUUUAGUCCUAUACAUGCCUAGACUAGACUCCACCCGGCAAGACCAGCUCAGGAGAAUGCAUUAAGUUAUUCUCAAAAUCAACAAUUUAGAGAAAAUAGCAAUCACAUUUAGCUAUAGGAAUAGUCUUCAUUUGAACAUUUUCUGUCUGAAAUUGUAAAAUCUAAAAACGGUUUUGAUUUCGUGAAUUGUAAAUCACCUGUUUCUCCUGUAUUGAGCUCCUUGUUUAAACUCAGGCUGGGGGAUUGGAGGCAAAGUCCUGAAUCUCCUAGAUCAGGGGUGGCCAACCCAGGUCCUGGAGAAUCACAGGGUCUGCUGGUUUUUGUUUUCACUCUGCAUGUAAUUGAUCAAUUAUAGCAGUUGAUUACACAGUUAACUCACCUCACCUGGUUGCUUCAGUCUAAGUGGUUGCUGUAUUUAAGGUGAAAACAAAAACCAGCAGACUCUGCGGCUCCCCAGGACCAGGGUUGGCCACCCCUGUCCUAGAUUCUCAAGUUUAUGUAGCCUCUAUGCACAGCUGUCAAACUCAUCCUUCAGGGCCAUAGUGUCUGCAGGUUGUCAGGAAUUUCUUUUUAAAACAAAAAUCCCUGGAAAACAAAAAUCUCCUAAGCCACAGGUGUGAAACAGCAGUGUGUGCUUCUUUUGGGAUGUUCUCGGCACAAGCGUUUCAUUUAAGUCAUUAAUUGGCUAAGAAAUCGCACACCUUCUCAAGGCCUUAAUUGGCAGCUGAUUGAAAGGAAAACACAUGAACCUGCAGACACUGUGGCCCCCUUUGGAUUCAGUUUGAUACCCCCUGUCCCAAGCCAAUCAGUCACUUAAAUUCAGCACCUAAAAGCUGAAACCUACAAAAAGCCACUGCAGGUACUGCAUCCCUCUAGAACAUGGAUACUCGUAUCUGGACCAUGAAUCCAAAUCCGGCCCUGGUUUAAUAAGUACUGAUUGGCCAAAUGUAUUCAACGCCUGACUCCCAGGUAAAGGGAGGGUGGAAAACCAGCAGUUCUUGGACCUCGUGGGCCAUGAUUUGAGUAACAGGGAUCUAGGAGUCUGGCUCCAGUGCUCUACACCAGGGGUGCCCAAUCUUAUAUGAACACCCCUGUUCUACACGGUUUCUGAACACUUGGUUCUGUAAUCGAGCUCAGUAAUGCACUUAUUUCACCUUAAUAUGAUCACAACUGGCUGGAUGUAUCGGUUGCACUCAAUUGUAUAGUUUGACAAUGUAAAGACAUUGAAAAUGGUUUAACCAGUAUUUGCUUUGUUUGCAGUGAAUACACAAGACGAUUCACAAAUA